GGCCAAUGACCGACAAAAACACAAUACCCAGUUUGGACUGACACUAUAGCACCUUCUAUAACCAACCACGGAGCCAAGAUGAGAGUCGGAGUGCCCAUAUUCCUCUUUUUGGCUGCAGCAGGAUUCCACACUGCUCUGACCGCAUCCUUGGAAUCGGCAGAAAAAGAAGACACAUUUGGUGAGGAAGUGGGGCUGGAGCAGCUAAGCGACCUGCAAAAGAGAGAUCAGGAGGAGUUUGAAGCAGCUCAAAUGAGUGAGGCUGUUCAAGAUGAAAAUACUGAGGAGGAGAAUGACACUCAGGAAGAGGACAUGAGUAAGAACAGAUGGCCACAUAUGACAACACUCACAGGAAAAGAUUGGUUACUGACAGAGUCGGAGUCUGAUGAGGAUGUAGAUGGUAUGAGGCAAACGCGAGAACACCUCGAAGCCAACGUUGAAGAAGCAGAUGAGACUACAAAUCUCGCUGAGGUAGAGUGAGCCUGCCGGAGGCAUCAUGUGAGGAGGCAGCACUUGCAGACCUACCCCCAUCUUCUAUUACAGAACCCGAAGAACAUUGUGCAGCGAAACUGUUAACCGUUAAUAAAGAGAAAUAUCUCUCCCCAUUCUAUUUCA